AGAUCAGUCAGUAACCCGCACGACUACGGGUCUUUGCACCGAUAGCUCAACACAAUGGCCCUUUUAUUACGGCGGCCCAUCGUCAGUAAGCUGCCACAUGAGCUCUUUACGGCCUGUGCAAUUUCCGCGUCUCCCAGGCCAUUUUCUGUGCUCAAUAGACCCCCACCGAACUAUGAAGGCCAUGUGCCAUUAACGAGACUCGAGCAGGCUGGUCUUGCUGUCGGGUCAGCCAUUACAUCUUUAAUUGACCCAUAUCGACACGACAUGGUUGCCGCUUUGGGCGAAGCAACCGCAACACCAUACUUUAUCUACCGUCUUCGCGACGCUAUGCUCGCCGAUUCCACAGGUCGCCGCAUACUCCGAGAUAGGCCGCGCAUAACCUCGAAAACGAUGAGCCUAGAGCACCUGCGAACACUUCCUGAAAACACAGUUGGGCGCGCAUACGCCGAUUGGUUGGACCGUGAGGGCGUGACACCGGAUACCAGGGAUCAAGUACAAUAUAUCGAUGAUGAAGAGUGUGCAUAUGUCAUGCAAAGAUACCGAGAGUGCCACGAUUUUUUCCAUGCAGUUACCGGACUGCCGGUAUUUGUGGAGGGAGAGAUUGCGCUGAAGGGAUUCGAGUUUGCGAAUACACUGCUGCCAAUGACGGGGUUGAGCUUAUUCGCCGUGACGAAGAUGAAGCCUGCGGCUAGAAAGAGGUUUUGGGACAUAUAUUUACCGUGGGCACUUUAUAAUGGGUUAAAUUCGAAGGACUGUAUUAACGUUUACUGGGAAGAGGAGCUGAAUACGGACGUGGCUGCACUGAGGAAACGGCUGGGCAUUGAGCAGCCUCCGGACUUGAGGAGCAUCAGGAAGCAACAAAAAGAGAAGAAAAAAGCCGAAAAAGAGGGCAGGGAAGGAGAAAAACGAGUAUAAAUAUGUAUAAUAUUGUAGAUCAACGCCAAGUCCCAAGACCAUGAAAACACAC